UCUUGAUUGAAAUAUGUGAUUUGCUGAUUUCUCUGUUAUAAUAUUCUAUGCACUGUACAUUUAUACAACAACUCCAUUUUCAUUUCAUUUCAUUUACACGAUCAAAAGUCAAAAAAGGAUUCAAUCCGCGUCUACAAAGAUGCUCUAGUCGUUAGGGUUUUCCGUUCCUUGACCUUCUCUCCGUUUCAAUUUCUGGGUAUUUCUCAAAUAUUUCAAAGGUCGCAGCUUUUCAGAGGAGGUUCUUGUUUUCACUUCAAAUUUAGAGUCUUUUGUUCAAACACGCUUCUGGGUUGUGUUAAUUUGAAGUAAAAGUGCUCGGUGAGUUUUGGGGUUUUGCAAAGUAUGGUUCUUGGCUUUGAUUGUAGGGAGUAGUUAGUCAAGCAAGAGGAACACCUUGGCUUGCUUUGGAAAAGUUGUUAAUAGCUCAUAAUUUGAGAGGUUUUAGUUAAGAUAUCGGGGUUGUUGGUGAUGAUGGUGGUGAUUCAUGGGCAGUAGAACAGUGAAUAUUGGUGCAGAAAAUGGUAAUAAAGCUGUGAGGGGGAUGCCGAGCUACGUUCCUGCAAUACCCACUUCCAAUUCAAUUGGCACAGAGGCAAACGCCAUUCAUUCUUCUCGAAUUUCUGAUUUCGGAACACUUGGGCAAACUCUUGGAUUUCGCAUAGAGGAUGCUGUUAACCUUAGCAGAAAUCCUGUCUUUAAUCAAAUAAAGUCAAAUAGUCAGCCCGUAGCUGCCAAUGUCCAAUUUAGUUCUCUGAAUAAGGCACUUGCAUCUGCAGACGCCAAUCUGUCUGUGUCCAUUGUGGGGUCCCAGGUGCUACCACUACAAAAGGAUCCAGUGUCAAAUCUUACAUCAGUAUCUGGUAGUCAUAGAGAGAACUGGGCCGAGUCCAAUAUGGCAGAUGCCAGUCCAAGAACUGAUACUUCAACAGAUGACACAGAUGAUAAGAAUCAAAAGUUCGAGCGAGGUCAGGGGACUGCUGUAAUGGCCUCUGAUUCAAGUGAAAGAUCAAAAGAUAAAACAGAUCAGAAGACAUUGCGCAGGCUUGCACAAAAUCGUGAAGCUGCAAGAAAAAGCCGGUUAAGGAAAAAGGCAUAUGUGCAGCAACUAGAGAGUAGCCGGCUGAAGCUGACACAACUUGAGCAAGAGCUGCAGCGAGCUCGUCAGCAGGGAAUAUUUAUUUCAAGUACAGGGGAUCAAUCUCAUUCAAUGAGUGGAAAUGGUGCAAUGGCAUUUGAUGUUGAAUAUGUAAGGUGGCUGGAAGAGCACAACAAGCAGAUAAAUGAGCUUAGGGUUGCUGUGAAUUCACAUGCUGGUGAUACUGAACUUCGGACAAUUGUUGACAAUGUCGCGGCACACUAUGAAGAUAUUUUCAGGCUGAAAGGCAUUGCAGCAAAAGCUGAUGUUUUCCACAUUUUAUCAGGAAUGUGGAAGACACCAGCAGAGCGCUGUUUCUUGUGGAUUGGUGGCUUCCGUUCAUCAGAGAUUCUUAAACUUCUUGCGAAUCAAUUGGAGCCUCUAACCGAGCAACAGUUGAUGGGCAUUUACAACCUGCAGCAAUCAUCCCAACAGGCUGAAGAUGCUCUGUCACAAGGAAUGGAAGCACUGCAACAAUCUCUGGCUGAGACAUUGGCCAAGGGCUCACCAAACCCAUCGGGAUCAUCUGAACAGGUAGCAAACUAUAUGGGUCAAAUGGCCAUGGCUAUGGGAAAACUAGGGACACUUGAGGGGUUCCUUUCCCAGGCUGAUAAUCUGCGUCAGCAGACUCUGCAACAAUUACACCGUAUAUUGACAACAAGACAGUCAGCACGUGCCCUUCUUGCCAUCACUGACUAUUUCUCCAGGCUUCGAGCCCUCAGUUCUCUCUGGUUGGCAAGGCCACGAGAAUGAAGCCGAUACUUCCACUGUAUGAAUCAAUCAUCCAUACACAGUUUAAGUUCUCCCAAACAAAUGCGCCUAUUUGCAAAUUAGCUCAGUUGCUGCUCCCUUCCCGUCUUUGAUAGCCUUUCAGGAUGCAACUACAGCACAGCAGUGUCAACUUUGUUGUAUUUAUAGGUUUGUUUUGUCAGUUCUAACAUUACAUAUGCUUGUUCCAAGGUAUUGGAUGCUCAUUAUUACUUGAGUUGUAUAAUGAUGGUGCAAUAAUCCCAGGAUUAUGCUAAGAUGAACAAAGGAAAACAAUUGAAUAUGUAACAUAGAGCUAUCAAUUUGUACACCAUAAUUGACUUGAAGUAGGAUCAAAAUAGUCUGUUUAAAGGUUGUUCUGAUUUCCUCUUAGUACUAGUAUGUAAAGAUAUGUUUUUAUUGUAACAAAUUGCUUCCCUAAUCUUCCAUAUGGGUGGUAAUGACUAAAAACAAAAGAAAAGA